AUGGCAAACACGUCUUCAAUCAACUUCGUGCUAUUAAAUCAAGCGAUCAAUCGUUAUGUUCCCGUACCUUUAUUAUUCUUGGGUAUCAUCGGGAACAUCUUGAAUAUACUAAUUUUCGUCCGACAUAUCUUUCGCAAUAAUAUCUGUGCGAUAUUUUUUCUCAUGUCAACUGUUUUUGAUUCAUUUGUUAUUUUCGUCGGUCUUCUACCUCGUCUAUUAAACGGUUUUGGUGUCGAUCCAACACAAUAUUCGGGUAUUCUUUGUAAAUUACGAUUCUUCAUAACUUAUUAUGCAGGAUACACAGCUGCAUGGUUUAUUAGUUUAGCUUGUGUCGAACGGUACCUUCGUUCAUCGAGAAACAUACACAAACGAGAGAUGAUGUCAAAAAGUCGUGCUUAUAUCUCCAUACUCUGUGUUCUACUAUUUGGAAUUCUUGCAUUUGGCGAACAAUUCUAUUGUAUUGACAUCCACCAAAACUUAUUCGGUGCCCCGCAAUCAUGUUAUCAAUUAAAACAAAAUAUUUCCUGUCAAGUUGUGGAUAGUCUUAUGCAGUGCUUAUUCGAAAUUUUAGCACCAACGUUCAUGAUGAUUAUUUUUGGAUUAUUAACUGUACGAAAUAUUCGUCGCUCCCGUCAUCGUGUUCAUGUCGUACACAGCAAUGCUCCACCUCUUUCAACGAGAACGAAUCGACUAAUCCAAAAACGUGAUGUACAAUUAGUUCCGAUGUUACUCGUUCAAGUGACGGUGUUUGCGGUGUCUGCGUUUCCCAUUAGCAUUUAUAAAAUCUAUUGUAUUGUGACUAUUUACAACGCGAAAUCUGUUCUACAGAUGUCAAUUGAAAACACAAUUUUCAAUGUGUGUGUAUUGAGCCUAUUUUUAAACAACACUAUUACGUUUUAUCUCUACACCCUGAGUGGUCGAGUGUUUCGAAAAGAAUUAAUGAAGUUAUUACAUUUGUCAUAA